UGGGGCUCACCCGCAUCGUGGGAGCUUCCUUAUUUUGUACGCCAUGUCUCCUUCUCUCUAGAUUUCUCACUCUCCCUCUCUCUCUCUCUAGAUUUAUUCAUCGAUCUCUCUCUGCAGGUACCUAUUCAGUUCCCCAGUUCUCUCUCUCUCUCUCUCUACAAUUCCCCCUCCAGAGUUCCCUUGACGAUUAUUGCAAAUAAGCGUACCGUGAUCAAGCGAAAAAACCGGGUUUUGGGUUUAGCAUUUCCCUCUCACGAAGCUACUAAUCGCUGCCCAUUUCUAGGGUUUUGGAUAUUAUAGGAUUCGCAGCAAGGGUUUACUCGAAGAAAUUGGCUAUUUCUGGCCUGAUUGAUCAGGGCUUUGUUGGGAAUUCUGGAAUGGAUACCCUAACUUGGCUUGAUUAGGGUUUGACGGUGAUAAUAUAUCUGAAAAAUGGAUACUGCAACAACGACCAGGUCUUCGAAUCCUUCUACAGAUGUAGUCAUAGACACAACCCCUCUCCUUGGUAGCUCACCAGAGAGGAGGCCAUUUAGGGGUCCAAGCAUUAGAGGAGCAGCUAGGUUUUUGAGGCGUGCAAGUAGCAGGAGGAUGAUGAGAGAGCCAUCGAUGCUGGUUAGAGAGACAGCGGCUGAGCAACUAGAAGAGCGUCAGAGUGAUUGGGCCUAUUCAAGACCAGUCGUGGUCCUUGACAUUAUAUGGAACCUGGCUUUCGUUGUGGUAGCCAUGGCUGUGCUUUUAUUGAGCAGAGAUGAGAACCCAUCGAUGCCAUUGAGGCUUUGGAUUGUGGGUUAUGCUUUCCAAUGUCUGUUGCAUAUAAUAUGUGUGUGCGUUGAGUAUAGGAGGAGGCAUGGUUCUCGUGAUUCCUUGGAGCAUGGGGAGAAUGGGAAUUUAGGCUCAGGAGUUCACCAAGAGAGAGAUGAUGGCCAUGAAUUGGAUGAGGAGCGAAUUCAGUCAGAGGAGAGGACCAGUGUUGCCAAGCAUCUGGAGUCGGCCAAUACCAUGUUUUCAUUUCUUUGGUGGAUUAUCGGAUUUUAUUGGGUCUCUGCUGGGGGUCAGGCUUUGACACAUGAUGCACCUCAACUGUACUGGCUUUGUGUGAUAUUUCUUGCGUUUGAUGUGUUCUUUGUGGUCUUCUGUGUUGCUCUGGCAUGUGUCAUUGGCAUAGCCGUCUGUUGUUGCCUACCAUGCAUUAUUGCAAUUUUAUAUGCGGUGGCAGAUCAGGAAGGUGCAUCUGAAGAAGACAUACGCCAACUCCCCAAAUACAAGUUUCGUUCUGUUGCUGACAUUGAGAAAUUUGAUAUAGAGAAAUGUGACUCUUUUGGAGGAAUAAUGACCGCUUGUGGUGGAGAAAUGCCACCCAUCGAAAGGGCUCUCUCUGCUGAAAAUGCUGAGUGCUGCAUUUGCCUCUCUCCCUACGAAGAUGGCGUCGACCUUCGCGAGCUUCCUUGCAGCCAUCAUUUCCAUUGCGCUUGCAUCGACAAGUGGUUGCACAUCAAUGCGACCUGUCCUCUCUGCAAAUUCAACAUAAUAAAGAGCAGCAACCAUGCCAGGGAAGAAGUUUAGGUCAUCCUUAAUCUGGCACUUGAAAGCUUUGUUUCCAUGUUUGCCUGUGUGGGUUAUUGGUUGUGGUUCGUGCAUGCUUGGUUCAUUCCUAAGGGGAAUAUGCAUGCAUGCGUCUUUGGCUGCAUGCACCCAUGCAUUUUUGCAUGUAUAAUGACCAUGGGAAUACUUGCAUACGUGUUUGCCGCAUGCAUGCAUCAUGUGAAAUCUAGCAUGACUACGGGACAUUGCAUGCGUGUUCACAUGUAUGUAUGUGGUUGAAAAGAAUGUAUGUUUGGCACGGCACAUGUGCAUGUAUAGUUAGUCUGUAUAACCAGUAGAACCACUCACUUUGGAAGUAUGAGGUAUAUAGGUUGGUGUAUUCUCCCCCGUUUCUAGGAUUUGUGUUUACAGAGAAACCUUUAUAUGUGUCGUGAUGUCCGAAGGUACAUGUUUGGAGACCAACAACUGUCUGAUCAAUGAUCAAACAACUAAGAAUAAAAAUGUUUGAAUCGAGCAA